GAAGGGGACGCCACUUGAAAUGGCUUUAUGACGAAUUCGCGCGGCCGUCACGUGACUUUGUUGACGCCACCGCGGGUCGGUCGUCAUGGCGACGACGCCAUCAAAGCAGAGCCUCGUGGCCGCUUUAAAAGUGACGCGUCCCUCGCUCCCGACGACGUGACGGCCUUCAAGCGCGCGCGCGAGAGAUGGACGAGUUGCUGUCCGAGGAGCUCGAGAGGGCCAAAGCGGCGGGGUAGGACCCGCAGUGGUUUGAGUCCAGUGAAUGUGGCGACACGCUUCCCGCGGGUUCCUCAGCCGUUAGGCUCAGGUCAACGCGUCUGCGGCUUCCUGUCCUCGGCCUCGCUCUGCGCCACACUUGACUUGGCCCUCUGCUUUCCUCCCGUGCGCUCACACUGUCCUCUUGCGUCCCGCAGCAGCUUCACCCUGAAGCUGAGAGGAAAGGCGCUGCGGCUGGACGACCGAGGCGCGCUGGUGCUGGCCGCCUACCUGAGGAACAACGGCAGCGUGACAGGGCUGGACGUCAGCUACAACAACAUCACGGACGAGGGCGCGCGGCGGGUCGCGGAGCUGCUGAAGGACGGGAACUGCAUCCUCAAGUACCUCAACCUGACCUUCAACUGCGUGGAGGCGGCCGGAGCGGAGGCGCUCGCGGACCAUCUGAAGGGCAACGCCAGUCUGCAGGUCCUCCAGCUGUCGGGGAACAAGGUGGGGAACUCGGGUGGGAUGCACCUGAGCAGGAUGCUGCAGGUGAACCAGAGCCUGAGGGAGCUGCAGCUGAUCGCCUGUGACCUGACGGUGGAGAGCAUCAACGCUCUGGCCAUCGUGCUGAAGAGCAACAGGACUCUGCUGUGCCUGGACGUCAGCCGCCCGCUGCUCUUCAGCCAGCAGGAAGAGUGGCUGUGCCAUUUCUCUGACAUGCUGGCCAUGAACCGCUCCCUGCUGGAGCUGCACCUGGGCACGGCCGGCGUCACCGACUGUGGACUGGAGAUGCUCACCGUGGGCCUGAAGGUCAACCGGAGCCUGCGCUACCUGGACCUGCGUUGUAACCGGGUGACCCAGGACGGGACGCUGCACCUGGCCCAGCUGAUGGAGAAGAACUGCACCUUGGAGGUUCUGGAUCUGUCCUUCAACCGCAUCGAGGACGAGGGAGCGGUGACCUUAAGCCGGGUGUUGACCCGACCCAAGUGCAGCCUGACGCAACUGUCGGUGACCAACAACAACAUCAGCAGCGAGGGUCUGUCUUCGCUGGCUCAGAGUCUGAAGCUCAAUUCCACUUUAACGCACAUGUACAUCCGUGGGAACAAGCUGCAGGAAGCCAUCAGCCAGGCCUACAGAGAGCUGAUGAGCAGCGGGCGGCUCCCGCCGCGCCACACGGACGUCAGCGUCUUCGAGGCCGACGGCCGCUUCUUCCUGGCCGAGAGCUCCAACCGCCUGAGGAGGCGCUACUCCCGCUACCACACCCCCCCGCCAGGAGAGGGCGCCGCCCCCCUGUGAGGAGCUGCUCACACAAGGCUCCCAGUGAAGUUGGACUCCAGGAGCUCUUGUGGGAAUCAUGAGUGACUUUACUGAUGACCAUAUUCAUCCAGGUAUCUGCUACUGAAUAAACUAAAAUCAUACUUCACCAUGCUUUGUCUCAUGAGAGACUGAGGCCGAGGUCACCCCACUGUGCUCCAGCAUGAGAGGAGUGUGUGUGAUCAGGACAGACGCCUGGAUGGAAGAGUACCAGGACCAAGAACUGAAGAACCAGAAGCGCUCCACGCUGGAGCCUGAGUUUGUGGGGACCAACGUCUACCUUCCCCCAAGUGAAGGACUGAGGAAGCUCAGGAACCUCUGGGACAGUGGUGGGUGAGGAGGAGGAGGAGGAGUGAUGGAGCCAGCCAACCACAGGAGAGGAGCGCAUCAUCUGCUCACAGCUUCUCACCCAGGAAAUGAGGAUUCAUCUGCGUCGCUCCAAACCAA